GUCAGCGAAAAAGCUCGUUGUCUCAACAUUUGGUGACCCCGACGUGAUCGUCAGUAACAAUUUGGAAAUAAACAAUUAUAAACAGUGAAAAUUAUCCGCUAAACAUAACUGUUCGAACGCGAAGCGGUUAGUUCCCAUUUCGUCGCGCGCUUGCUUACAAGCACUAAUACAGCUACGUGCAUUAGCGGCUUCGGGUUCGCUGCACUUGCGCUUGCAUACCAAAAAAAAUCAAACGGUUGGUUCUUCGAUUCUUCUUUGUGCUUUGCUCGCUGCUGCCUGUCGAAAAUGGAUGAGUCUAAUGACGUGCCGGAAAACAGGGUGUCUUUUUACAAACUAAAGGCACUCUCAAUAUACAACAAAGCCGUUUCACUUCGAGAGACGAUAUUGAAUGAUGAAAACAACCCAAUCAGUGAAGAUGCGCUAAGUGUUCAUUUAAAAUUCUUGGAAAAAAUGUCCGACUCAUUUAAUGUUACUCAUUCUAAUUUAGAAGAGCUUGAUGUAAGCGAAAUUGGCAGCGACUUAAGCAACAAUUUUGAGGAUUUGGCGAUGGAAAUCGAAGUUCGUAUUCGCUCAGCACUCCGCAGGACUACCCAGAACAUGCCGCAUCACUCAACGAUACGACCCGAGCUCAACGUUACUGCCUCCGGAAAUGUACGGUCACGAUAUCAUAUUCCUGACAUUAAACUUCCCACUUUCCGUGGAGGUUAUACUGAGUGGGCAGACUUUUACUCGAUGUUUAGCACAGUAAUAGAUCAGGAGCCCUUUCUAUCAAAGAUUGAGAAGUUCCAGCACCUGCGCUCAUGUUUGGAUGGACCUGCCCUGGAGGCUGUUCGCUCUUUGGAAGCACACGUCGCUGAGAUUCUGAGGCAUGAGAAGGUUGAAGAUGGGUCAACUACAAAGCUACGUACUUUAUCGGACAAGCUUCAUUCUCACAUGAGAGCGCUUAGAUCGAUGGGUACCAUGGAGGAAAUAGCUGGAUGCAUCAUCGUUCACUCCACAUACAAGUAUCUCGACUCUGAUACCAGGACCAAAUGGGAGGAGCUGUCGCCCCCUAACGUCAUACCAACAUGGGACCAUUUUUCGGCUUUUUUGGAGAGGAGAUGUCAAGCCAUGGAGACCAUGGAUCAAGCUAUGUUGAUUCAAAUCCAUAGCAGUCAGGUUGGAAAACAUAAACGAAUCACUCAUUCAAAACACAGUCUUGUUGCUACAAAUACAAUCGUAUUGGAAUGCGUGUUCUGUGAUAAUAAAGGGCAUAACAUUUACAGCUGCACUCGCUUUGGAAACCUUUCGCCAUCUUUGCGUCUUAGAGAGGCAAGGAAGCUUAGAGUUUGCUUCAACUGUUUGAAGAAGGGACAUCGGAAUACCUCCUGCAGUUCAGGCUCUUGUCGCACAUGCGGUGAAAAGCAUCAUACCCUUUUACAUAUCAACAAUCCGCUGCCUACGUCAGUUAACACGGAACCUGCAAACGCUACUACGUCUCCUAUUCAGACAGACUUAUGCCCAGGCCCCAAUCUUUCAAGUUCUCUUGUUGCCGCUUCAUCACCAUGCUCGCCUCCUGCUCAGAAUCUUAGCUCAGACGUAGUGCUUCUAGCCACGACAGUCAUUAUGAUAAAGAGUCGAGUUGGUGAUCUUCUUCCUUGCCGGGCUCUUCUGGAUUCAGGCUCUCAGAUUAAUUUAAUAACCUCUCGCUUUGCUCAGAGGCUUCAGCUGAAACGAGCCAAAGGGUCGGUAUCAGUAUCGGGUAUCGGCGCUGAUUCUGCAUUUCACACGGAAGGUUCAGUUAAUUUGGUCAUUCAAUCCAGGACUUCCGAUUACUUCACGAGUCUCACAGCUCUCGUUGCUCCACGUAUUACAGGAAACCAGCCUGCUUCUUCAUUUGAUGUAUCCAAAUGAGAAAUGCCAUCCAAUAUCAGCCUUGCUGACCCACACUUUAACAAAUCUCAGCGCAUCGAUGUACUUAUUGGAGCCAGCUUAUUUUACGACAUUUUAUGCGUUGGACAGAUCAAAUUGGAGAGGGGACUUCCUAUAAUACAAAAAACCCGUCUCGGCUGGGUUGUCACAGGUGGAGGUCAGUACUCCCGCAGCUCAGUGCUCCUAGCUGCCUCUAGUUCGACGGAAUUGAGUCAAACGCCUACCGUUGGUUUGGAUGAGCUAGUGCGAAGGUUCUGGGAAGUGGAAAACUGCCACGGUCCCGCUACAGAAGCAACAAAGGAGGAAAUUGCUUGCGAGGAACAUUUCAAAAAACAUUGCGGUCGGCUUCCAAGUGGCGAAUAUUGCGUUCAAUUGCCUUUAAAGCUGAGUGACAGUCUUCUUGGAGAUUCUUAUCAACAAGCCUAUCGCAGAUUUCUCAAUCUAGAGCGCAAGUUGGUUCGCAAACCGCUUCUCAAGGCCCAAUACGCCGCAUUUAUAAAGGAAUACGUCGAUUUGAAUCACAUGUCCCCUGUCAAAAGUGACGCACUUAAACAAUGCAAAUUUUUUCUUCCUCAUCACUGCGUCUUAAGAGAAGACAAAACCACCACAAAACUCCGAGUAGUUUUCGACGGAUCCGCUUGUACAUCUACAGGAUAUUCCCUCAACGAUAUAUUGAUGUCAGGCCCAACAAUUCAGCCAAAGUUAGUUACGACUCUUCUUCGAUUUCGUACCUUUCGUAUAGCAUUGACUGGUGACAUUUGUAAAAUGUAUAGAUGCGUCCGUGUCUCGCCCCAAGAUAGUUUUCUGCAGUGCAUACUGUGGCGUGACUCACCCCUCGAGGAGCUAAGGACAUUCAAGCUGGAUACCGUGACCUAUGGAACGAAACCAGCAGCAUUUCUGGCCGUCCGUUCUAUGCACCAACUAGCGGCAGACGAGAGUUCGUCAUAUCCAAUUGGCUCUGAAGUUGUGCUGCGGGACUUUUACGUGGAUGAUUUGCUAACGGGGGGAGAUACUACAAAUGAGGUGCUGGAAAUAAUUCGCCAGGUGUCAGGACUAUUAGCCAAAGGAAAUUUCAAGAUCAGAAAAUGGUGUUCCACAGAUACAUAUGUACUCGAUCAAACACCCCAUGAAGAUAGGGAAACAUUUGUUAAAUUUACUGAUGGCAGCGAUGUAACCAAGACGCUAGGUUUAGCAUGGAAUCCCACUUCGGAUGAGCUAUUAUUUUCAUUCUGUCCCAAUCAAGUCCCUUCGAAACCAACUAAGCGAGUUGUAUUGUCAACUAUUGCACGAUUUUAUGAUCCACUCGGACUUAUAGGGCCAGUUAUUACUAAAGCAAAAAUAUUUCUACAGCAGCUGUGGAAAGAAAAGCUUCAUUGGGAUGAAAGUCUGCCAGUCUCCUUACGCACAACUUGGAUCAACUUUAUUCAGCAGUUUGACUCUAUGCAACAAAUUUCUUUCCCGCGCCUAUCUUUCCUUCGAAGCAGCAACCUUGAAAUGCAUGGAUUUUGUGAUGCCAGCAUGAGUGCUUAUGGAGCUUGCAUCUACGCUGUUUCGCAAGGCGACAAUGGAGCCUGCCUGUUAUGCUUUCUCGAGGAUCAUUACCAGCUGAGCUCAUCAAUUCUCAUCUUUGGAAGUAUGGACCUACAUACUUGACAGCCAGUAAGGAUCAAUGGCCAAGUACACCUGCUCUUCCAGAGCCGGGUUUGGAGGCACGAAAAACCAUACUAAUUACAAACUGCGCGUCAAGAUAUUUGGUGGAAGAAUCAAAGUUUGUAAAUUCCUUCCCCAAAAUGCAACGAAUUUUUGCG